AAGGAUGAGCCAGUUCGACACUGGUUCACGAUGAAGGAGGUUCAGAAGAGAAAGAGAUGGCGAAGUGAAGGCAGAUACCACACCAGCUAUUCCUUAAUAAGGAAGGUGUGGAUGUGGCAUCAGAUUGCUGGCAAUAGUUCCGGAACGCAGAGAAGUGGAGACGGUUUGCGAAAUCCCAUUAAGUUUUAUUUUGAUUGGCGAUGGCUCUUCAUUCUAAGGAAUGGAGCUCCAUUGUGGCUGUAA